AACAACAACACCUUCAGUUUGCUGUUCAACAACAACAAACAUGACAGAUUUUUGAGACCUGAGACUGAAAGAUCGACUGGAAAAUGCCUGGGUGCUUUUCAAAAUUGGCGGAGAGAGUGCGUGGACGUCGGCGGUCUACUGCGUCGACAGGUUGUUCAAAUUCAUUUGUGGGUUGUUUUUGUUGUCUUUUUCCGUUUUGCAGGGUUCGCAAUCGUCGGGAGGUGGACAGAGACAUCGAGGAAUCAACUGUCCUGGAUGAGGUCCAGUUGGUUGUGCCAUUGGAUGAUGUGCUGGAUGUACCACUGCUGCCAGCCAUCCUUGAGGAGGUGCCAGAUGUGCCGACUAUCCUUGAGGAGGCCACUGGUAAUUGGCAGUUGAUACCGAUUAGGUUUAGCUCCCUGUACUGUGGGCCUGUUGUGAUCAGGAACAAUGCAGGUCCGGUGGUUAAAGCUUGGAGAACUUUCCAGUUCAUCAGCCCCAUUAUCACCUACAUGCGUGGGGGAUCCCAGCAGGUGGUGGUGAGGAUGCACCAUGCGAGUAGGGUUCGAGGCCUGGAGACUCAACUGGUGUGGGCCAUCUCCAAGGAGACACACAGACUUAGUCCAGAGGGCAUCCCCUACUGUGCCACCAAGGUGCAGUCCAUCUCUUGGAUCCAGUAUGUGGCUGGCAGGGUGACCCAGUAUGCGUCUCACCUCCGCCACGAGACGUCUGUGGCCGUGACGCAUGGCUGCUACCAGCAAACUGAUGUCUCGGUGGUGUACGCCACUCUCCACAUGGGGCUGGAUGGGCUGCUCUCCUCCUCGGCGUGGUCGGAGGCUGCCUCCGUCUCUACGCCCACCACUCAGCAGUUCACUGAGCCAGAGCCUGAGGGCCACAACUGCUAUGAGGGCUGGGAGGAGGACCUGCUGCCUGAGGAGAGGGAGGUUCCUCUGCUAAAGUGAGUCCCUCUAAAUGUGUG